UCCGGGGAGAGAGAAUCCCAGGUCAGACCCAGAAGCACGACUGACAUCAGAGCAUAAUGUAGAUUUCAGAGACGAGGAGGGGAGGCCCUGCAGGAAGGCUGAAGUCGAGCCACCUGGGAAAAGACUGUAGACCGUAAGGGCGGGGUCUGUAGGGUUAGACCUCUGUGAGUGACCUGGGGUUGCACCCCAGCAGAAAGCUCUGGUUCUGAGGUCAGGGAGCAGUGGGAAGACAAGGAAAUUGAGCCUCAGAAGAAAGGAUGUGGGUGGAAAGAGCUGCUGCGGGGACCCUGCGGUCAAAUCGGAGCAGAGGGUCUGAGGCUCGACCCCCUAAGAAUAGUGCUGGAGUUGGACCGUAGCAAACAUGACUAAGGUGAGACCUUGUGCUGAGGGCCAAGGUUAGAGCCCCACAGAAAGUGACUAAGUUUAGUUCCCAUCUGGGGAGUACUGAGACGACACCCAGGCCAUAGGUCCCUGGAUAUACCAUACCGGGAAGGACCCAGGUUAGAACUCAUUGAAAAGCCCAGGGGUUGGGGAACCAGGGAGUUGGAGACAAGGCUGAUUUCCCUGGCCUGUGGCUGUAGGAGUUGCCCCGCAUGUGGAAGGAGUCAGAGGCUUACAUCUUAGGGAUCAGUGGAGGGCGGGGAAGACAGAAGAAAUCUUGCCAGGAAUAGAAUCUGGGCCAGGCGGGUGGGGGAGUCAUUCCUGAGCGGGGUCCAGGCUGGUGGGGAGGGUGGGCUGCUUCCUUCCCGGGGCAAGGGUUGGGUAGGACUCCUGGUUCCUGGGAGGGACGGGCAGGCACCACGGUCAUUCAGACCAUCUGUCUACCUCCUCCUGUGGAAGUCCACCUAUCAGCCUGACCAUCUGCACCGACCGUGAAGACCAAACUACCAGUGCCCCACAGUGGGUUUUCAGGAGGCAGAAGCCCACCAAUUCCUGGCCACCCUGUCUUCAUCUCACCCCCAGAACUCAAGCCCAAACGUGGGAAAUCUCAGGGAACUGGCACUAGGUUGUCUGCCUCCUCUUCUGGCAGUGGGCCCGAGGGUGUCCAGCCUGAACUGGCAGUGGGCACAGGCCAUUGGCACGAGCAGGUCUCCCUCCCAGCACCAAUCUGCAGAGGCGGAGUACUCCGCCACCUGCUGUCCUGGGUGGGAGUGGGAGUCUCAGGUGGGAGUUGGGGUGUUUAGUUCGUGAUGAUGUGGGUCUGUGAAGUGUGUGCGUGUGUGUGUGUGUGUGUGCAUGUGUCCACAUCGGGGCUCAUGAGUUUGUGUAUUUGGCGCCCGCCUGGUCCUUCGCAGCUCACUUCCUGACUUCCUGCCAGCCCCUCGGUCUGGGACAGCGUGUGGUGUAGCAGUUAAGGGUGGAGAACCCGAAGCCACACUACACCAUUCUGGGCAUCAGUUUCCCCACCUGCAAAAUGGGGCUAAAAGCAUCUACCCAUGGGGCUUUUAGGAGGGUCAGUUCUGUCAACAUGUGCCAAGCGCUUUUAAAAAUGUUAUAACAGUGCCUGGCACAUGGUAAGGGCCGUAUGAAUGGCAACUUGUUAUUAUUAUUAAGGAGUGCCUUUGUGGUUGUUUCUGGCUGGUUUUGUGGGGUUAUGUCUGCCGGCGCAGCAUGUGAAUUUGGAUCAGACUCUAGCUAAAAACAUUCUUGCCCUCCCCCCUCCCAGGUUCUGGGAGCCUGGAACUAUUUGUAGCUGUUUUGCCUCGUUGGCCCUUGUAUGGAUCAGAGACAGUAUGUGUGUUUAGGGGGGUAGUGUGUGGGGUUUGCGUCUGAAUGACCCCCACAGCCCACCCCUCAACACACACACACACACACACACAACACACACACACACACGCACAAACACACACACUCUGCCCUCUGCCGCUGUCCCUUGCCUGUGGUGCUGAACACAGGGUGGGUGGGAGGCUUGGGCUGCCUCAUCCCCCACCUCCUCCUGCCCCUCCUCUCUCCAGGCCCCUCCCUGCCUCCCGCGCCGGCCUCCCCUCUCCCCGCCUCCUCCUCCCCCCUCUCUCUCCAGCUCCUCCUCCUCCCUCCCGGAGCUCUCCCCUGUCUUUCCUCCUCCCCCUCUAGCCGACUCCCCCUCCCCCGUGUCCCUCCCCACCUCCUCCUCGCCUCUCCUCUCCUCCCUCUAUCCCCUCUCCCUCCCCUCCUCCCUAGCUCUCCCUCUGUCUCCAGCUCAUCUCUCUCUCUCUCUCCCUCUCUCUCUCUCUCUCUCUCUCUUUCUCCCCCUCUCUCUCUUUCUCCCCCUCUCUCUCUCUGUCGGGCGGAGUCGCCCACCACUGCCAGCCCAGUACUGGGGAAACCUUCUCUAGGCUGUAGCUGCAGGACCCUACCACCCUCCAUGGCUCCCCUGGCCUUGGUGGGGUUUGCGCUCCUCCUGGGGGCUCCCCCAUGCUCAGGGGCGGCCACGCCGACCCCCUCCCUGCCUCCUCCCCCAGCCAAUGACAGUGAUGCCAGCAGCACGGGGGGCUGCCAGGGAUCCAGCCGCUGCCAGCCAGGGGUCCUGCUGCCCGUUUGGGAGCCUGACGACCCAUCACUGGGUGACAAGGCAGCGCGGGCCGUGGUCUACUUUGUGGCUAUGGUCUACAUGUUCCUGGGCGUGUCCAUCAUUGCCGACCGCUUCAUGGCAUCUAUCGAGGUCAUCACGUCCAAGGAGAAAGAGAUCACCAUCACUAAGGCCAAUGGUGAGACCAGCGUGGGCACCGUCCGCAUCUGGAAUGAGACCGUGUCUAACCUCACACUCAUGGCCCUGGGCUCCUCGGCCCCUGAGAUCCUGCUGUCCGUCAUUGAGGUCUGUGGCCACAACUUCCAGGCGGGCGAGCUGGGCCCGGGCACCAUCGUGGGCAGUGCUGCCUUCAACAUGUUUGUGGUCAUUGCCGUGUGCAUCUAUGUCAUCCCGGCUGGCGAGAGCCGCAAGAUCAAGCACCUGAGAGUCUUCUUUGUCACUGCCUCUUGGAGUAUCUUCGCCUAUGUUUGGCUUUAUCUCAUCCUUGCCGUCUUUUCCCCGGGUGUGGUCCAGGUGUGGGAGGCGCUGCUGACCCUCGUCUUCUUCCCGGUGUGCGUGGUGUUCGCCUGGAUGGCCGACAAGCGGCUGCUCUUCUACAAGUACGUGUACAAGCGCUACCGCACCGACCCGCGCAGCGGCAUCAUCAUCGGCGCCGAGGGCGACCCCCCCAAGAGCAUCGAGUUGGACGGCACGUUCGUGGGCGCCGAGGCGCCAGGCGAGGUGGGAGGCCUGGGCCCGGGCCCCGUCGAGGCCCGCGAGCUGGACGCCAGCCGCCGCGAGGUCAUCCAGAUCCUCAAGGACCUCAAGCAGAAGCACCCGGACAAGGACCUGGAGCAGCUGGUGGGCAUCGCCAACUACUACGCGCUGCUGCACCAGCAGAAGAGCCGCGCCUUCUACCGCAUCCAGGCCACGCGGCUGAUGACCGGAGCGGGCAACGUGCUGCGGCGACACGCGGUGGACGCCUCUCGCCGGGGCACCCCGGCCGAGGGCCCCGGCGAGGACGAGGACGACGGCGCCAGCCGCAUCUUCUUCGAGCCCAGCCUCUACCACUGCCUGGAGAACUGUGGCUCCGUGCUGCUGUCCGUCACCUGCCAAGGCGGCGAGGGCAACAGCACCUUCUACGUGGACUACCGCACGGAGGACGGCUCCGCCAAGGCUGGCUCCGACUAUGAGUACAGCGAGGGCACACUGGUGUUCAAGCCGGGCGAGACACAGAAGGAGCUGCGCAUCGGCAUCAUUGACGACGAUAUCUUUGAGGAGGACGAGCACUUCUUCGUGCGGCUACUGAACCUGCGCGUGGGCGACGCGCAGGGCAUGUUCGAGCCCGACGGCGGCGGGCGGCCCAAGGGGCGGCUGGUGGCGCCGCUGCUGGCCACCGUCACCAUCCUGGACGACGACCACGCGGGCAUCUUCUCCUUCCAGGACCGCCUGCUGCACGUGAGCGAGUGCAUGGGCACCGUGGACGUGCGCGUCGUGCGCAGCUCGGGCGCGCGCGGCACGGUGCGCCUCCCGUACCGAACGGUGGACGGCACGGCACGCGGCGGCGGCGUGCACUACGAGGACGCGUGCGGCGAGCUCGAGUUCGGCGACGAUGAGACCAUGAAAACCCUUCAGGUGAAGAUAGUUGAUGACGAGGAAUAUGAGAAAAAGGAUAAUUUCUUCAUCGAGCUGGGCCAGCCACAGUGGCUUAAGCGAGGGAUUUCAGCCCUGCUACUCAAUCAAGGGGAUGGGGACAGGAAACUCACAGCCGAGGAGGAAGAGGCUCGGAGGAUAGCAGAAAUGGGCAAGCCGGUUCUUGGGGAAAACUGCCGGCUGGAGGUCAUCAUCGAGGAGUCAUAUGAUUUUAAGAACACGGUGGAUAAACUCAUCAAGAAAACUAACUUGGCUUUGGUGAUUGGGACCCAUUCGUGGAGAGAGCAGUUUUUAGAGGCAAUUACGGUGAGCGCAGGGGACGAGGAGGAGGAGGAGGACGGGUCCCGGGAGGAGCGGCUCCCAUCGUGCUUUGACUACGUCAUGCACUUCCUGACGGUGUUCUGGAAGGUGCUGUUCGCCUGCGUGCCCCCCACCGAGUACUGCCACGGCUGGGCCUGCUUCGGCGUCUGCAUCCUGGUCAUCGGCCUGCUCACCGCCCUCAUUGGGGACCUCGCCUCCCACUUUGGCUGCACCGUUGGCCUCAAGGACUCUGUCAACGCCGUAGUCUUCGUGGCUCUGGGCACCUCCAUCCCUGACACGUUCGCCAGCAAGGUGGCCGCGCUGCAGGACCAGUGCGCCGACGCGUCCAUCGGCAACGUGACGGGCUCCAACGCCGUGAACGUCUUCCUGGGCCUGGGCGUGGCCUGGUCGGUGGCCGCCGUGUACUGGGCGGUGCAGGGCCGCCCGUUCGAGGUGCGCACCGGCACGCUGGCCUUCUCCGUCACGCUCUUCACCGUCUUCGCCUUCGUGGGCAUCGCCGUGCUGCUGUACCGGCGCCGGCCGCACAUCGGCGGCGAGCUGGGCGGCCCGCGCGGCCCCAAGCUGGCCACCACGGCGCUCUUCCUGGGCCUCUGGUUCCUCUACAUCCUCUUCGCCAGCCUCGAGGCUUACUGCCACAUCCGGGGCUUCUAGGGCCCUGCCCCGGGACUCGGCCUCCCCCUCGAGACAGCUGCAUCCGCGCUGGACUGCGUCUCCCUUGUCCUCCAGAGAUUCAGCCUCCUCUCCUGGGACUCGGCCUCUCUUACUCCGGGGAAGCGAUCGCCCCAGGUCUUAGGUCCCCAUUAACAGCCUC